CAUUUUUCCGUUUCCGCGAAAAUUUAUCUGGAUAACGUUCCAGAAAGCAGAGAGAGAGAGAGAGAGAGAGAGAGAGAGAAUAUCAAUGGCUGUCUCCUCACUAUCUUCAACGAUAUGUCCAUCACUUCCGGUACCCAAAUUCUCCGCCAUUGCUGCUAAGCCCAAGCUCUCUAUACUCUCUUUUCCAUCAAGUGCUCCUACGCUGAAAGCCCUAAAACCCUCUCGGCCCUCUACGUUUAGGGUUUUCGCUGCACCUGAAAUGUUGGAUGUCGAAGAAGCCUUGGGUGAUGAAUCCGGUUCCGUUGAACCCAUUGAGGUUGAAGAUCCAGAGGCUCCUGUGUCCUCUCCGCUUGGCAUUGGGAUCGAUAUUGGCAAGAGUGCACCAAAGCAAAAGAUUAGGAUCAAACUGAGGUCAUAUUGGGUGCCGCUGAUAGAGGAUUCAUGCAAGCAGAUAUUGGAUGCCGCUAGGAGAACUGAUGCGAAGACCAUUGGUCCUGUGCCAUUACCAACCAAGAAGCGGAUCUAUUGCGUACUUAAAUCUCCACACGUGCACAAAGACGCCAGGUUUCAUUUUGAGAUCAGAACACAUCAGCGCCUGAUUGAUAUUCUAUUCCCGACUUCCCAAACAAUAGAUGCCUUGAUGGUGCUUGACAUUCCUCCUGGGGUAGAUGUGGAAGUCAAGCUCUGAGAAAGCACUGCUGCGGCUUCAAUCAGACCCACACGGUCACACUUGGCCGGAGAAGAGCGUUUUACGUCAACCCUCUCUUUCAGAGGUUGCGCCAGCUUCCUCAUAGAGCUUUGCUACUGUCCGACAAAUGUGGUGAAUUCGAAGUUUUUGUCAUAGUUGUGAUUAACUUGUCAAUGUCAAUUUUAUGAUACUUCACCAUGGCAUGUGAUUUUCAUCAUCAUCCCGUAAUUAGUUGUAUUGAUUUUCAUCA